AAGAAUAUAUGUCUGGCUUCUUCCUAUCCAUGGGAGCAUAGGUACAGAUAUUAAAUCAUGUGUGUGGUCUUGCUAAAGUACACACAACCCUACAACUUCUCAGAGACAAGGUGUGGGUGAAAAAGGUAGUGACAAAAACCACCUGUCUUGCAAUUUACCAACAUAACUAUCUCUUUUGAAAGAGAUAGCAUUUGUAUCUUUACCUAAACACCAAACUCAAUCCUUUAUCUCUCUCUCUCUAUCCAUACCUUCGAUUCAAGAUAUUUUACUAGUCUCUCACAAGCAACACAGAGCCUCCCACCUUGAAUCGAGUUGCCAAUAGUCUCAAAUAUAUUUCUGACAGAGUUCACUGAGUUGAGAUGUGAUUUUUGUGCAUCAGAAGCAUUGGCUGGCCUGGUUGGUUUACAAAAUCUGAACCAAAUCUCUCUGUGGUCAGCUCCCCAUCCCUUGCUUCAAAACCAACUGGAUCUUAAUGGGUUUUUCUUGUCUUCUGUCUCUUUCCUGUCUGCAAUUCUGUCUUUUUUUCUUAAACUCUUCUGACACUCUUUUAGCAUCAGCUUCAUGCUAUAAAUCUUUAUCAAUGAGCUCUCUUUCUCUCAUCCCACUUUCCCUUCUCUGCAUCUGUAGACGUAAAGAAGCAUCAAUGGACCCAAACACAACUGCAGACUUCUUCCAAGGGUCUUCCAAGUUUCAUACAUAUUACUCGCAGACUAAGAAGGGUGGUGGGGUAAUCGAUCUAGGCCUCAGCCUUAGCACCAUACAACAUGAAACUUACCUCCCACCGGCGCGAGUGAUAGGUCUCGACGGGUAUGGAGAGCUCAUAGACUGGUCGCAGCAGCCCAGCUAUAGAAGCAUUACACAGUUGAAGAGUGAGGACACUGGUCACAAAAGACUUGCCCAUGGAUAUUACAAUAAUGAAGAAGAGAGCAGAGGAAAAUAUGCUUAUGUAAAGGUAAAUCUGGAUGGCCUAGUGGUAGGGCGAAAGGUUUGCCUUCUCGAUCAAGGAGCUUACUCAACUCUUGCUCUUCAGCUCAAUGAUAUGUUUGGGAUGCAGACCGUGUCUGGAUUGAGGUUGUUUCAGACUGAGUCUGAGUUCUCUUUGGUCUACAGAGACAGAGAAGGUAUUUGGAGGAAUGUUGGUGAUGUUCCAUGGAAGGAGUUUUUGGAAAGCGUGGAUCGGAUGCGAAUCGCAAGAAGAAACGAUGCUCUUUUUCCCUUUUAAGCUUCAAAGUCCAAGCUUCUCCUCUUCUGGGGCGUUCACUGUUUAUCUAAGAUCCAAAUUAUCUCACUUGUGGUUCUAAUAUUCAAUAUCUGAUGUAACGGGAGCUUUAAGCUAUAAAUACGAUUAUGAAGA